AUGUUGUUUUCUCCUUCGAGUAAUACAAAGAACAACAAUACUAUUAUCCUGUACUGGACACCCCCCGUUCGUCCGUACGACGAUGAUUGGAAACCUGUCAAGAUGGACAUGAAGAAAAUUCGGAAAAAGAUUCGUAAGAAGCAUCGAGCUCCCAAGACCAAAGUCAAGAAACCCUGGGCGAAUGUGGACUUGUAUCGACUACGUCAUUUACAGGAACAAGCAGAAGAAGAAAAACAACGAGCCAAAAACUGGAGAAAUUUUUGGAAGCAACAGAAAGAACAACUCAUUCAACGACAUGAAACAAUCUUAGUACAGCAAGCACAAAUGCAGGCACAACAAGCUAAUCAACAAAUCCAAGCCAAGAAUGCAAAUGUCACACAAGACGUCACUUGGAUAUCAAACGACGUCAAUGCCACAGACUCAAAUCUAUCAGGAAAUAAUGAAACACAACAACUGGAUUCCGAAGAGGAAGAUGAAGAUGACCCAGACGACAACCAAUCAGCUCAAGAAAAUAUCACCUGA